AUACUAGUAUGACUUGAGAACUUAUUUUUUAACAAUAGUUAUGAGAUACAGAGAAGACUCUUAGGUCCACUAAUUUAUUUAGUAAAUUAGACAUAGAUUCAUAUCUUAGAUAUUCAAGAAUUUACUUUGUGAUAAAUUAUCUCACAAGGUAUAUAUUACAUGAGGGAACACAUCCAUGACCGCUUCCUAUCUACCUUCUAUUUUGGUUCCUUUGGUAGGUUUAGUAUUUCCAGCUGUAGCUUUUGCUUCUUUCUUCUUGUACAUUGAACAAGACGAAAUCGUCUAAGGAACUCUAAUUCAGGAACCCUUGUUUACUAAAAAUAAAGUGUAUCUUGGUUAUACUUACUUAGCAUGUUUUGCAAAUACUCUUAGUAUAAUACCACCUGAUAAGACAAAAUAGAAAAGAGCCUAAACAGCUCACAUUCUUUAUUAACUUUAUACUUUGUCUUAUCUUUACACACGGAGCUAACCAUGUCUGGGAAUACGGGAGAGCGCCCCUUUGCAGAUAUUAUUACCAGUAUUCGUUACUGGGUUAUCCAUAGCAUUACAAUCCCUUCGCUAUUUAUAGCGGGUUGGUUGUUCGUUAGCACAGGUCUUGCUUAUGACGUAUUCGGAAGUCCUCGUCCUAACGAAUACUUUACAGAGAGUCGUCAAGAAGUUCCUUUAAUUACUGGACGUUUCAACUCUCUAGAGCAACUAGACGAAUUUACCAGAUCGCUAUAGGAGAUAUUAAAUGACUAUCGAUAGAACUUAUCCCAUCUUUACGGUUAGAUGGCUGGCUGUUCAUGGGCUAGCUGUGCCUACAGUUUUUUUCUUGGGCUCUAUCUCAGCAAUGCAGUUCAUUCAAAGGUAAGCUCUUUAUAAAGCGCACAAUUAUGACACAACCAAACCCGAACAAGCAAAACGUCGAGUUAAACCGUACUAGUUUAUUUUGGGGACUGCUACUAAUUUUUGUACUUGCAGUACUCUUUUCUAGCUACUUCUUUAACUAGUAAUAAUAGUUGGUUAUUGCCUCAUUUGGAAAAUUCGUAUUUAGUUACUUUGUUGCUUGUGGCUGUAAUGAUCUUUAGCCAAGACCUCCAAUGCAGAUGUGAAGGGAGUAGAACAGAUGUCUAACGUUGGAACUACAGGAAGAAUUCCGUUGUGGUUUAUAGGGACAGUAGCAGGCAUUGCUGUCACCACUCUAGUGGGCCUUUUCUUUUACGGCUCUUAUGUUGGUUUAGGUUCUUCCCUAUAAUUAAGAGUAGAAUCCUAACCAGGGAAUUGAGUAACGAGCUUAAAUGAAAUGUAUUGAUCUUGUGUCUACUCAAUAAAAGGGACUUCUUCAA